AUGGCUUUUAACGAUGGUGCUCAGUUCUCAACCAAGGACCGUGACAACGACGGGUCAGAUAUCAGCUGCGCCUACUUCCAGCACGGGGGUUGGUGGUUCAAUGCCUGCAGUAGCGUGAACUUCAACGGCCGCUGGGCCAGCAGGGAGAGCUGGAAAGGCAUGAGGUGGAGCAGCGUCACGGGGAACGCCGCCUCUGGGAGAUUCGAGCUGAGAUUUGAUUUCACUUACCAGGGAUACGACUACUACGCCACCUACGACACAUUUGUGCUGUCCGGAGAAUCAGAAAAUUACAAAUUUUGGACAUCCGGAUUUGACGGCAAUGUGUGGAACGUCAUGGCUUUUAACAAUGGCGCCUCUUUCUCAACCAAAGACCGUGACAACGACGGGUCAGAUAUCAGCUGCGCCUACUACCAGCACGGGGGUUGGUGGUUCGAUGCUUGUAGCAGAGUCAACCUCAACGGCCGCUGGGCCAGCAAGGAGGACUGGAAGGGCAUGAGGUGGAGCAGCGUCACGGGGAACGCCGCCUCUGUCUCCUUCAGCGAGAUGAAGAUAAGACCCCUGGACAAGUAA